AUCUCAACACCCAAGGCUUAUGAACAGUAAAAUUAUAAAUUUACUCCUCCUCAUUUUAGCCUAAGGUGUUGAGAUGGGACUCCUGGUUAAUUUGAAUCUGGAAGUACCUGAUAGCUUUAGGCCCCCUCCAGCACCUUUGCCAUAUGAUAUGGUUUUGAGAUGUCCUCAAUCAACAGAUUCAGAAUCUUUCAGAGAAACUGUUAGUGGUGGUAGUUUUGAGACAUUACCUACAUUUGAAGAUCUUGAGGAAUCAGACUGCAGCAGAACUCAGGCUAGUUCCUUGAUUCUCUCUCCAAGGAAAUCAGAAGUCUCAAAAUUAAAUGAGCUUAAGGCAUCAACAACAGAGGAAGAGGAUGCUUGUCCCAUUUGUCUUGAAGAGUAUGAUUCAGAGAAUCCAAAACUUUUCACAAAAUGCGAGCAUCAUUUUCAUCUAUCGUGUAUUUUGGAGUGGAUGGAAAGAAGUGACACCUGCCCCAUAUGUGAUCAGGUUUGCCCCUUGCAAAAUGUAGUAGAUAUGGUAGCUAAAGAACCUGAGUGUGGCUUAUCAAUGUGAGGAUCUUUUAUUUAUUUUUUUUUUUUAUUUUGCCUAACUAACAAACCCUGCAGCAUCUUACAGGUGUCUCAUUAACAUGGUUGUGACUUCUGCUGUACACUAGUAAAAUUUUCUGUUUCUUUAUUGUUACAGGAAAUGAUAUUUGAUGAUACCGUUCAUCAGUAAUUAAUUCUUUGUUGAAGAUGGAAACCAUGGCUGUUUGAGGAAAAGGUUUCCCAACUUAAUGAGCGGUGGAUGCAUGUUUAGUUUUUGUUCUGUAGCUGGUUAGAUGGGUGCCCCUUAGCCUAUGCUGUAGUUAUCUAAAGGAAUACACUGUAUUGAUGAUGUCAAUUGUUUUGUUCAAUUACCUGAGCAUGUCAAGAGUAGAUCAUCAAGUGAGAACAUAGGAUAACAGCUUGCAUGUGUUGAUUUUUCACUUGUACAGAUCUCAGCCUCACUUGCAUGUUGAAUAUAUGUACAAAGAGCAACCAUCAGUCUGCCUUGCAUCUCAGCCCCCUCUUCUUAUUGUUGAAUAUAUGUACAUAUUUAUCUUUUCCACUGGUUUUUGUAAAUCCCAUCUGUUUCACAUAUUGGGCAGAUUUUUGAUACAAUUCAUCGGUGCAAGAAAUGGCCAUCUGGUGU